AUGGCACCAAACAAGACACCUCUGUCACAAUCGACCGUGGUCCUGGUUGCAGCCAAUGUCGUCGGCAUGAUCUGGAUCGGGUUCGGCAUCUUCGACCUCAUCAACCCUGUCGAGGGGCUCACAUUCUUCGAAUUCAAGCCUCCCGUGCUUCCUGCAGAGCAAGCUAUGGUCAACAGCCUCAUCUAUGUGAUUGGUAUCAGGGACAUCUUUAUCGGUUUCGCCAUACAUGCGACAGCGUACUUCGGCAAUCGCACCACACUAGCAUGGAUUAUGCUUGCUGCCAGUGCUGAGGCUUUCUUGGACGGCGCGGUUUGUUACGCAAACGGCAAAGGAGAAUGGAAUCACUGGGGAUAUGCGCCAAUGUUGACUGUUGUUGGGUUACUGCUUCUAGGCCUAUUCGAUGGAAGCAAGAAAUAA